AUGACACCGGAAAAGGACCCGAAUAUAGACAAUCUGCGCCACAAGGCUGAACCCGCUCCCAACACACUCUCCCUCACGCACGAUGAAGAAGACCAAAUCCGCCAUAUCCCAGGCUACGAUGCGGCGCUUCACAUCUCCCGCGCCGACGCCCGACGCGCUCUACUCAAAGUAGACCUGCUCAUCCUGCCGUUCAUCAUGCUCUGCUUCUGCUUCCUGCAGUUCGACCGCACCAACAUCGGGAAUGCGCUGACCGACACGCUCGCCAAGGAUAUCCGCGUGGACAACUCGGACAUCAAUCUGGCCCAGACGCUCUUCACGGUGGGCUUCGUGAUUACCGAGCUGCCGUUCAACCUGAUUAGUCGGUACAUGGGGCCCGAGCGGUUCCUCCCUAUCACGAUGUUCCUCUGGGGCACCGUGACCUGGACACAGGUGUUUGUUAAGAAUGGCGCGGGGCUGAGUGCCGUGCGGUUUUUCAUCGGCGCAUUGGAGGGGGGGUACAUCCCUGGUUUUGCGCUGUACAUUUCCAAGUUUUAUACGAAUGAUGAGUUGGCGUUGCGGUAUGCGCUGUUUUGGGCGUCGAAUGCGUUUGCUGGUGCGUUGGGGGGCCCGUUGAGCAUUGGGCUUUUGUCGUUGGGGGAUAACUCGAGUUUGAAGGGUUGGCAAUGGUUAUUUCUAAUUGAGGGUAUUCUCACAUGUGGCCUGGGCGUUAUCGCAUAUUUAUAUCUCCCCCACAGCGCCGCACAGCCAAAAUCCUUCCUCGGCAGGUCCUUCAACAUAUUCACAGAGCGAGAAGCCUCCAUUUUGGUGACGCGCGUGAUGCGCAAUGACCCAACCAAGGCGCUCCGCUGGGGUAAACCCGUCAAGCCGUCGCACAUUCUACAGACGUUUCUGGACUGGCGGCUCUACGGCCAUCUUGUCGCCGCUCUGCUAUCCAUGGUGAUGAUUGCGCCAAUGAACACCUACGCCCCGUCGAUUAUCAAGGCCCUCGGCUUCACGAGGCUGCAAGCCAAUGGCCUUAAUUCCGUGGGAAGCAUCUGCUCGCUCGUGGUGUCUGUCUCUCUCGCAUUCAGCAGCGACAAGACCAAAGAGCGAGGAAUUCACAUCGCAGUCGGGUAUUUAAUUGGUGCUGCUGGACUUCUCUGGCUGGCUUUGGCGCCAGGCGAUGUUCGAAAGUGGACUCUUUACGGGGGCGUGGUAUGGACACAAAUGGGAAUGGGCUCAGCACAAGCCAUCAGCGCCGCAUGGCUAACGGCCAAAAUGGAAGAUCAUAAACGGCCCAUUGCCCUGGCCGCCUACGUGAUGAGCAUCCAACUGGCCAAUUUUCCAGGCAACCAGCUCUUCCGAACACAAGAUGCCCCGCGGUAUAAACGCGGUCUUAUAAUCGCCGCGUCGUGCACCAUUGCCGCAACAGUCGUCAUUUUAGUAUGGAAGCUUUUGUAUAGAUUGUUUGAUGGAGGUGACGGGGGCGUGGAGAGGAAGCAGGCUCUGGCUGAGGAGCCUGAGCAGGACUGA